AUGGGACCGGGUUCAGGCUUAUUUUCAAACCGGGGGCAGUAUGAGACACUGAAAAAAAGGGGGUUGGAGAUUGUGCAGAGGUGCUUUGAGAGUAUUGAACGGAGUUUGAUUUUGGGAGGGGAGGACUAUGCUGUUGUUGGGAGGUUUACUGCUGUUGCUGCUUAUCUAUUUGUGCUUUAUCGCUGGGGGACUGAGAUUGGGGUUGAUAUGCAGAGGUUGUUUCCCAAGUAUGCCGCUUUGGCGAAUGCUGUUGCGGAGAGGCCGUCGACUGUUGCGGCACUUGCUGCGGGGAGGGGUUUUGAGGAUUGGUUAUUUGGAGGGUAG